AUGCCUGCCGUGCCCAAGCCUCCAGUGCCAGCGCCUCGUGCUCAGCCCCGUCAGUGCCCGCCUGCGUCGCCCGUCCAGUGCCGCCUGCGAUGCGCCCGUCAGUGCCCCGGCGCCUCGUCGCCCCGUCAAUGCCAGCGCCUCGUGCGCCCGUCCAAUGCCAGCGCCUCGAUGUACGUCCAGUGCCAGCCUGCGUGCGCCCGUCAGAUGCCAGCGCCUCGUGCGCUUCCGUCGAUGCCGGCGCCUCGUCCGCCUCCUCAAGAUAACCCACCCCCUCCCACCUUACCACCCGUCGGCGAUGGAUCAGCAGCCCCCUGCUCAUCCUCUGCCCUCCACCUGGAGGCUUUCGUACCCAGGUCUGUUGGUCUCCAUUGCCGCCGUGGAGUGAAGAAUCCUCAGCUUCAUCGUCCGCCUCCGGGCCCGGACUCAGCUCGGCUUGUGGGCGUCUCGGCUUCCCUUGGGCUCCUAGCUCCUCCCUCUCCACCGUUGCUCCGUCAAUCCACCAGCUUCACCAGGCUCCAUCGUCUCGACUACGCGCCCUGGCAGCAGUCCUCUCUGGACAGUCCCAGAAAUGUCUGCAGUCCUUCGGUCAAUUUUCCAUUCAUACGGAGACCAGACACACGAAGGUGGUCCGUGGCAUCUGUCUCUGGAUAUGGAACCAAUCCACCCAGUUCUGCUGUUUCAUCUUCCUCCUCCUCACAGGAGCUCCUGCACCAGCUGCCCUCCCAGCCCACCCCAGAUGACCUCCAUCGCCUCUUCAAGCAUUUCAGGAGCUCAGAGAGUGUGGCAGAUGAGGAUGGACAGCCUCGCCUCCGUCCUCGGCCGAGGAGCCUUAGCCCUGGGAGGACAUGUGGCUCUUUUGAUAACGAGAUUGUGAUGAUGAAUCACGUCUACAAAGAACGGUUUCCAAAGGCUACGGCUCAGAUGGAGGGGCGUUUGCUGGCAGUGAUUGCAGACUACUCCCCAGACAGAGCUCCUCCUCUUGCCGAUGGAGUGCUGGGCUUCAUUCAACACCAGCUGGUCGAGCUCGUCCGAGACUGUCUGGAGAAGUCCAGAAAGGGGCUCAUCACAUCCUGCUACUUUGUGGAACUUCAGGAAAAAUUAGACAAUUUCCUGCACGAGGCAUAUGAGCGCUCUGAGAGCGAGGAAGUGACUGUGAUUGCCAAACUCGUGAAGAAGAUUCUCAUCAUUAUUUCCAGACCAGCAAGACUACUGGAGUGUCUGGAGUUUGACCCUGAGGAGUUUUAUCAGCACAUGGUGCAGCUUGAGCACAACAACUCAGGCAGCCCAAGCAGAGAUCUGGAUGACACUGCAGAGAAUCGUCAGGGAACCACAACGCCAAGAAAACCUCUGGAAAGAGACUUUGAGACUAUAAAGCUCAUCAGCAAUGGGGCUUAUGGGGCUGUGUACCUGGUAAGGCAUCGCGGGACACGGCAGCGCUUUGCCAUGAAGAAGAUCAACCGGCAGAACUUGAUCCUGAGGAACCAGAUCCAGCAGGUGUUUGUGGAGCGAGACAUCCUGACGUUUGCAGAGAACCCUUUUGUUGUCAGCAUGUUCUGCUCCUUUGAGACACGAAGGCACCUCUGCAUGGUCAUGGAGUAUGUGGAGGGUGGAGACUGUGCAAAUUUGCUGAAGAAUAUGGGUCCCUUGCCGGUGGACAUGGCCAGAAUGUACUUUGCAGAGACUGUUCUGGCACUAGAGUAUCUUCAUAAUUAUGGUAUCGUGCACAGGGAUCUCAAACCUGACAACUUGCUCAUUACGUCGAUGGGGCACAUUAAACUCACUGACUUCGGUCUGUCUAAAAUCGGUUUAAUGAACAUGACCACAAACCUGUAUGAAGAACACAUGGAGAAAGACACAAGAGAGUUCAUUGAUAAACAGGUUUGUGGCACGCCAGAGUACAUCGCGCCAGAGGUCAUCCUCAGGCAAGGUUAUGGGAAACCUGUGGAUUGGUGGGCCAUGGGUAUUAUUCUUUAUGAGUUCCUGGUGGGCUGUGUGCCUUUCUUUGGAGACACACCAGAAGAGCUCUUUGGCCAGGUGGUCAGUGAUGAAAUUGAGUGGCCAGAGGGUGAUGAUGCAUUGCCUCUUGAGUCUCAAGACCUCAUCACAAAACUGCUAAGACAGAGUCCCAAAGAGCGCUUGGGAGCUGGUGGGUGUUUUGCCAGUCAAACAUCACUUUUCUUUCAUGGUCUGGACUGGAGUGGACUGUUAAGACAGAAAGCGGAGUUCAUUCCACAGCUUGAAACUGAAGACGACACAAGUUACUUUGACACACGUUCUGACCGUUACCAUCACUCUGAGGAGGACGAUGAGACCAACGAUGAUGAGUCUUAUCAGGAGAUCAAGUUUUCUUCCUGCUCGCAUCGCUUCAGCAAGGUGUACAGUAGCACCGAGCAGCUGGCUUCUCCGUCCAACUUGAGCCUGUCCUCCUCUGAGCGGAGCUGCAGUGAGGAGAAGGAGGACCGGUGGGACGGUCAUUCAAUGCUGUCUCCAGUUGAAAACCCAAGACAGCUACCAAGCAGCGACAGGAAGCAGGAUUCCCACAGGGGCAGUCCAAGUCCGAGGCCGAGAGCAUCGCCCAGUUCCUCUCAGCCUGAGAGGGGCACUAGUCCCCUAAUUUUGAACAGCACUCAGAGUCUUGAGGCCAUGCCACACUUUGCCUUUCCUGAGGAUGAGGAAGGUCUUGUGUCAAAUCUCCGCGAAUCGUCUGUCAAGAGCAACUCCACUGGAACAAGACCUACUAACCGCAGGGACCACAAGGGUCCGCGUCGCCUCGGGCUCCAGCAGGAGACCCCAGAGAAACCACGCUCACCAUUUACAUGCAAAGUCCCCAAGUCUGCAUCCGUGUCUGGCCUUUCUCUCAUCGUCACAGCAGAUGAUAUCCCUGGUGGGCUCCAGACAAGCCCCAUGUCUUCACACUCCCCUCUCAUCCAAUCCCCUUCAUCUCGGGAUUCUUCCCCUAACCGAGACCUCUCUCUUAGCAUGAACAGUCUUCGUCCUCCUGUGGUCAUUCACAGCUCUGGGAGGAAGUGCGGCUUUGCACUCGUGCGUGCCAUUCGGGUCUACAUGGGCGACACUGAUGUCUACACAGUGCACCACAUGGUCUGGAGCGUUGAAGACGGCAGUCCUGCUCACGAGGCCGGGCUGAGGGCUGGUAACCUCAUCACUCAUGUGAAUGGAGAGUGUAUCCAGGGUCUGGUGCACACCGAUGUGGUGGAGCUUUUGCUGAAGAGUGGCAGUAAAGUGACUCUACAGACGACUCCUCUUGAGAAUACGUCCAUUAAAAUUGGGCCUGCGAGAAAGACCAGCUCCAAGGGGAAAAUGGCACGACGCAGUAAAAAGAGCAAAAGGAAAGAGGGUCAAGACAGCAAACGGCGAAACCUUUUGAAGAAGCUGCCCAAACACAGUCCAGGGAUUCAGAACAGUCGCAGUUUCUCGGCGGGUUUUCAGCACUCACCUAACGACAGCCUGUCUGACUCCCCGACGCCGAGCCUGUCUCCUGGGCCCAACACGCCGUGCAGAAGCCCAGCUCCAGACCUGUCAUGUGAUUCAAACUCUCCUCAGAGUUCCUCCCCCUGCUCGAGCUCUCCGAAUUCUCCCAUCCUCAAAGUCGACUCAAGUUCCCUUCACGUUUUGGGAUCCAAGAUUGGUCUCCGUUACAGCAAGGGAGGCCGCUGCAAGUCCACCAACAGUAUUCCCCCCCCCCUCGCCUGCAAUCCCUCCUCACAGCCUCUGUCUCCACAGUGUUCUCCAUCGUCCCUCGCCGGAGCUCCUAAAAGCCUCCACUCGUUUCAUAAUAAGAUGAUGUCCCCUCCGACCAUCGUGAGACAGACCGUGUGUCCUCGCAGCGCAGAAUCACCUCGUUCGCCACUGCUGAGCAGGGUUCAUUCAUCCGAGAGGCCCUCCGGUGCUCAACAUGGAGACAAAAAGGCCUUCUCCACUCGAAGACACACUGUGGAAGUUCCCCAGAGCGAAGCAGAGGGACUCGAGUCACAAACUAGUGACAUUGCCUCAGUUUGUGUGUGUCGCGACCACGCUAGACAAGGGUUGUACCUGGCUGGCCAGCGCGAGGACUCUGGCGGUGUGGUUAUGAGGAAGCUAAACUUGUCUGAGAGACGAGAUUCGUUUAAGAAGCAGGAAGCUGUUCAGGAGGUCAGCUUUGAUGACUCUGAUGACAAGGAGGUCACGACAUCUACACCAGUGCCAUCUCAUCCGCUUUUCAAAGCUGCGUGGAUCAGCACAAUGCAGGCGGAGGGAAGCUCUGAGACUUCGGCGAGUAAACCCGACGAGCUUGGAUCCAAGCUAAGAGAACAGAGGAAACCAGAGGAUGGCUGUUAGCCUUAGAUAAGUCCAGAAAACUGUGAGACGGGUGCUUCCAUUAUCAUUCAAAUCAGAAUCGUAGAGAAAACAGGAGUAGGGAGUCUUAGUUUAGUAUCAUUUAUUUGUAGGUUAGAAGUCAUUGACCUGCCAAACUGUCUUAUUAAAAGGAUAGUUUUCUAAUAAAUGAAAAUUCUGUCAUUUUUUCCCACCUCAUAAACCUGAAUAACUUACUUUCUGCUGUAGAACAUUCACGAAAAAAUGUCUGUUGUUUUUGAGCCCAUUUAACUUUCAUUGUGUAGACAAAAGCAGUCUUAAAUGGAUAGUUCACACUAAAAUUCUCAUUUACUAACUUCCAUGCAGGUCCAAAAGUCUUUUUGUUUUUUUGUUUUUUGUAUGAAAAUAUCUUAAAGAAUGCAGGUAAUCAAAUAGUUAAUGGUCCUCAUUGACUUUCAUACCAUUUAUUUCCCUACUAUGGAAGUCAAAUGGGAAACCAACAAGAAAUGACGCUAAAAUGUUAAUCUUUUGGGUGAACUAUUCCUUUAAAACAUUGUUGGCAUUGUUUGUGUUCCACCAAAGUAAAUGAUAUGACAGAAUUUUCCUUUUUGGGCAGAUUAUCCCUUUUAUGAAUUUGUUUUACCAGAUAGCACAAUAAACUUUUGUAGAUUUUGAAAGAUUUUAUUUAUUACAUUUGUUUUAUACAAGAUGGGAAUGGAAAGGUCAUACAGUAGGAUCGCUUUCUGAGAAUUUGCACACAUGUGGUCCUGCUGAGGUUCAAUUACUGUUGUCUCUUCAUUCUCAUAUCUCAUUUAUAUCAGUAAUAUUGGCAUAUAACGUCAUGUAACGUCUGAGUUGUCAACAAAAAGUAGUUAUUAUGUUGACUAAUAUUAUUUUUUUGCCAUUUUGCAAACUUGGAUGCAGUCUUGUGUUGGUUCGGUCAUACCCAAUAAUAUCCCAGCACCUAAACAACGACUUGUGAGAAGCCAUUUGGCCAAUGUUGGUAUUGUAGAGUAUCAUGUUUACCGGAGCAUUGUUGUUCUCGUUACUUAGAAAGAACAAAGUGGAUUAUGAAUACUAAUUUGGUCACAACUUUUUAUUUAUGUUUUGGAAUUGGUAUGUGUUAUAGCAGUGUUGUACAACUGAAAUCAUUUGACGUACGUAAUCUUUAACAAAUGGUUGCUCUGUCUUUUAGUGUUUUGUAGUCGGACUUGUGGAAAUGUCUGUUCUCUUGAAUUCACUCAACAGCCAUGUGGGAUGUUUUUGUG